AUGGAGCAGAAUAUAGACUAUGAAUGGCUGCCUGCGAAGUGCAAGAAAUGCUCUAAUUAUGCUCAUACGAUAGCUGAAUGUAGAAGAGGUGAAAUUAAGAAAGUAGGAGAAGAGGUUAAGGGGAAAGUUGAAAACAAGGAGAAGAAACCAGCAGCCACAACUUACCAGGAGAAGAGACUGAUUGAGAAUAAACAACAACAGCAGGGUAAAGAGUGGGUUAUCCCAAAGAAAACAACUCCUAUGAAAGUGUUGAAGACCCUUGAGAAGGCUACAGCAGAAACAAAGACACAGGGUGAAGAAUGCAAUUCGUUCAAUGUGCUCCAGGAUCUAGAAGUGGGGUUAGCAGAGAAUCAAAGUAAGAGCAAAGCAGAGGUUUCGGGGGUUGGAGCUUUGCUUGAGACAAAGUUGCGAGGGAAUAAAAUUCAGGAGUUUAUUGAUAGGAAGUUUGUUCAAUGGGAUCAAUACUCUAGUCCUACAAUUGAAGGAUGCAUCCUCAUUGUUUGGAGGAGAAGCUUUGUUAGGGUUAUAGUAAUAGAGGAGAAUCCUCAAUACACUCAUUGUUUCAUCAAAAUGGUUGGUCAAGAACAUGCUUGCUGCAUCACAAUUGUUUAUGUUGGUGAUUUUAAUGCUCUUUUUGAGUUGGAGGAUAGAGAGGGAGGUAAUGUUGUGGAGUUAAGCGGUAUUCAAGAUGCUAGUAAUUGGCUUGCUCAGAGUAACCUAGAACCUAUGCUAAAGAGUGGAUCUAAUUUCACUUGGACUAACAAUCAAGAGGGGAUAAAAAGGAUUUACUCAAAGAUUGACCACAUUUUCAUCAAUGAGUAUUGGUUUGACAGAUUUCCAAACUCAGCAGCGCAUUUCAACUGGGAAACAAUUUCAGAUCAUUGUGCGUGUGUGGUCUCGAUCAAGGUGAAUAAAGCUAUUGGUGCUAAACCGUUUAGGUACUUCAAUUUCUGGUCCUUUCAUCCUGAUUUUAUUAAUGUGGUUAAGGAAAAUUGGAACAAACCUUUAAGAUGCACAAGGAUGAAGGUUGUCUUCUUCAAACUUGUUCGUCUUAAACAUUGUUUCAAACAGUUCAAUAACCAUGUUAUAGGUUAUAUAGGAAAAGAAUAUGAAGCUGCCAAAAAUGUGUACACAGAAGCAAAAUUAAACUCGCAAGCUGAACCUAGCAGUCAUAUCUUGCAACAACAAGAAAAAGAGGCAGCUGAAAGAUAUAGCCUGGCUGAAAACAUGUAUCAUAGCUUCUUGAGUCAAUGA